CAAAUCAUAAAUUAAUGGCUGAAAUCAAACUUUGAUGAUGUUAUCUAAGAUUUUGAGACUGCAGGGUCACAUGGAUUUUAGUUCCUAUACAGUGCAGUGCAUUAGCUUGUCUCCUAAAUUUCAGAAGAGUCCCUUAAACACUCCCAUUCACAGUCAUUCUGUUCGGCCCCAAACCUUUGGAUCUCCUUAGUUUUGCCUCUUUCCACCUGUAUGAUGUCUCCUCCCUCCAUCCCAGGAUCAGCUAGACAUAUAAAUACUGAUGUCAGACACUGCUGCCUUUGUUCACUGGCAAAGUCAAACAAAUAUGUUAUACAUCAUUUACUAAUAUAGCUAUUGAAAUAACAUUUUAGGAUACAUUUAAAGUCUUUUUGGUCAGACACUCCUCCAGAGACAAUGACACCAGCCAUCUCCAGAACGGCUGCAGGGGAGAUAAACCAUUGGUGGAGUCAACUUAAAUUCCGCCUUCAGCACAGGAAAGGAUGGAACGAAAUGUUGGACGAGACCUUUCUCAUGCAGACCAAGAGAGAAAAUGACAUUCCCCUGUUUUCCGCCACUAAGGAAAAUAAUACUGCAUGCAUAAAGAAGCUUCUUGACUGCUCAACAACAAAUAUCUUUGAGAGAGGUGAGCUGGGAGAGACCGCUCUGCAUGUUGCUAUGAUGAAUGAUAAUUUUGAAGCUGCAGUGGCAUUAAUGGACGGUGCACCGGAGCUCAUAAAUGAGCCAAUGACAUCUGAACUUUACCAAGGUUUGACUGCACUUCACAUUGCCGCAGUGAAUCAAAAUGUCAACUUAGUCCGAGAGUUGAUAUCUAGAGGAGCUGACGUUGCAACACCAAGGGUCACAGGCAUGUACUUUCGCAAAAGAAGAGGAGGGCUUCUGUAUUUUGGUGAACAUAUCCUGGCAUUUGCUAGCUGUGUGGGAAAUGAUGAAAUAAUCUCAAUGCUGAUAAAGGCUGGGGCCAAUAUACGGGCACAGGAUUCCUUGGGUAAUACCGCCCUGCAUUUGUUGGUGAUGCAGCCCAAUAAAACAACAGCGUGUCAGAUUUUUGAUAUGCUUAUGAUGCGAGAUGCGGAGAUGGACCACGCUGUUCCUCUAGACAUGAUUCCCAACUACAGGGGACUCACACCAUUCAAACUCGCUGCUAAAGAGGGCAACCUUGUGGCUUUCCAGCACUUGGUCAACCGCAGACGGGUUAUUCAGUGGAGUCUAGGGCCGCUGUCCUCCAACCUUUAUGACCUCACUGAGAUUGACUCCAGAGUGGACAACCUUUCUGUGCUUGAGCUUAUUGUCAGCAGUCAGAAAAAAGAGGCCCGGAAGAUCCUCGAGUUGACUCCAGUACGACAGCUUGUCAGACUGAAGUGGAAUCUUUAUGGGAAACAUUACUUCAGGUUUUUGAUGCUGGUGUACCUGGUGUACAUUAGUAUAUUUACUCUGUGUUGCAUAUACCGCCCCCUUAAGGAUCUUCCUGAGAAUUACACACUAGCAGACAGUGACAAAACCAUAAAGAUGCAAAAGACCUUCAUGGAGAGUUAUCAAACGCAUGCAGAUCACACGCGUUUAAUUGGAGAGGUUUCCAGCGUCAUUGGGGCCAUCAUUAUUCUGCUGUUAGAGAUUCCCAGUAUUUUGAGAGUGGGGGCCAAACGCUACUUUGGCCAAAGUGCCCUUGGAGGACCUUUCCAUGUCACUUUGGUUUGCUAUGCAUGCUUGGUUGUGAUUCUGUGUGUUCAGAGGGUGAGUGGAUUGGAUGGAGAGGCUGUGGUGAUGGCCUGGUCUCUUGUUCUCGGUUGGUCCAACGUGAUGUACUUUGCCAGAGGUUUUGAAAUGUUGGGGCCUUACGUCAUUGUGAUUCAGAAGACGAUAUUUGGAGACUUGACAAAGUUCAUGUGGUUGUCCCUCAUAUUUCUCAUUGGAUUUUCUUCUGCCUUGUGGAUGGUAUACAUGACUCAAAGCGCUGACGCUAUACCAGCAUACCGCUCUUUCCCCAUCAGCAUAUUUUCUCAGUUUGAAUUAAGUAUUGGAUUGAUUGACCUGCCAGUGGACCACACCAUCUACACCCAUCCAGUUGUGCACUGUCUCCAUGUCUGCUUCAGCGUGGUCUCCUACAUCCUGCUGUUCAAUCUCCUCAUCGCCAUGAUGAGUGACACCCAAUGGAGGGUCACCCAGGAACGUGAUGAACUCUGGAGGGUCCAGGUAGUGGCCACUACUCUGAUGCUGGAAAGAAGGUUUCCGCUGUGUCUUUGGCCAAGGUUGGGCGUCUGCGGUCUUUCUUAUGGGCUUGGUGAACACUGGUACCUCCGGGUGGAGGAUCGCAAUGACCCAUUGGUCCAAAAGUUGAGGCGCUAUAUCAAUGCAUUUUCCAGGGAUGAUGAAUCGGGAAAAAAAGAGGAAAAUGAUCCAUCUCAAACGAAUUCUGUUGAGAAAAUUAAGCACAUGCCCAGAAGGAAGCCAAAUAAAUGCUGGCAGCUUAUUCGCCAGAGUAUAGAAAGUGAAAAGGAAGAAAAUGUGGAUUGCACAGAUAUCAAAAAUGUCUAAAACAGGUAG